AGUCUCUGUCCCCUCAUUCUCUCUUGCUGCCGACUGUGUGACAGACGUCACGAAACAUACCCUAUCACCUUCGGUGAGAUUGCGUUAUUUAAAAUCGCACUUGCAGUCAAAAUAGACAUGACCAAGACCAAUUGCAAGAGAAAAUGAAUUGAAUCAGCCUCUGGAAACUGACCAACCGAAUUAGCAUUUUAUAGUUGGAUUGUCGACAUGCAUGCAGUCAAGUAUGUCGAGUAUGGCAAACGCGUAGAUAAUCAACACGAUCGGUAAUUCGAGAAAGCGAUCUAGGGAUUGUUUUAAGUCAAUUACAGCUGGAUCACAUUACUUAAGAUCAACUCCAGUUAUUAUCUUUAUAUAGAGACGAUCUUCCAAAGGAAUUCACACAUACUGACGGCAGCUCGACAUGUAUACAAGAUACCCAAUAGAUCGAGUUUAAGAGAUAAGCAAGUUACAUUAAAGAUUCGAAAAAAGUGGCUACUCCCUUGGGUCUAAGUAACCUUUGCUUGACCAUCCAUCACGCUUGGAACAACUUCCGGUAAGAAGCACGUCACUGAAACACCUUUUCCGGAGUUUCCGUGAAGGGAAGUAGACACAAAAAUACAACAAACGUGCACGGACAAGGAUACUACGGUUUUACUGGUAAAAAGCAAACAUUAUACAAAGAAGGUUAAAAUGGCCGGUAGUGUUCUUCAUUUUUAAAAUGACGUCAUCGAUUAGAAAAUAACGGGAAGUAGUAGCCUCGCUCCGAUGUUCCAUGAGAGCGAGGUCAGGGGAGUAAGAUAUAAAGACCUGCAUUGUAGCGUAUUCAAAUUUUAGGUCCUUGACAAGCUAAACAACUGAAACAGGAGAGAAUAAUUACGGGUUAAUAAGAUUAUUACAUCAUGUCAGAGGAGAGGAUUGGUCUGGCCUGCUCCGGUGGUGGGAUUCGUUCGGCCGCAUUCAGUUCCGGCGUGUUAAGAAGGCUUCUUCACCGCGGAGUCAAAAUCGACUACGUUAGCUGUGUGUCUGGCGGGAAUUAUGUCGCUGCAUCUUACCUGGACUGGAAAUACAGACACAAACAACAAGAUGGCCACGAAUGGCAUAAAAAAUUCUUCGAGGACAUGCGUAGUAGGGUUGGCUACGUUUGUAACUGGGAAAGACCCCUUCAAGGAAUUGUGGAGACCAUCAUACUCGUUCUACUGCUAAUCACGGUCAACCUUGUCAUCCCUUGUGUCAUGUACAGCGUUGGAGCUUUUACCGCUGCUUACGUCAUCGACUACGUGCUCGGCAGGGUCAUGCUUAAAGGCUUCAAGUGCAUCGACGUGCCCAUGAAUUCAACCGGAAGUGCUACCAACAGUUCUGCCACAGAAAGGCACUGCACAGCAGAAUUUGCCAUCAGUGACCCGGAGGUACGAGAACAAUUUAUCUUGUUCUUUCUGCUGUCCAUAACAUUCAUCGUCUUUUACUCCAUCAAGGUUGUCGCUCCGAUAAGAUUCCGCUCGAUUGCUCGAUUCUUCCAGGUUUUAAGUGGAGUGGUGUUUAUGUUCACCUUUAUGCCUUGGUUGAUACAGCAGUUCUUUGAGGUUUUACCUUCCUGGCUCAACACCAUGGUGAUCGUGCUAAGUCUGUUCUUCUGGCUCGGAUUUCCGCCUCUGAGAAAGAAAGCCUCGCUAGCUCUCGUGUUAUACUUCUACGCCUUCGUGGUGAAGUGGCGAGUGUACCAGACUAAGGUGAUUGGCAUUGCUUACGAUGAACACCUUUUCUACAAACUCCUGUUAAUUUCUGGAGGCUUCAUCUGGCUGAGUCCUUAUUUUGGCAUGUUCAGCAUGACGGCAAUUUUUACUUAUUACAAGUGGAGGCUUCAGAGAGCGUUCUUUACAAAGAAGAGUGUUGGGUCACUUGGUUGCAAAGGAAUCGGCUGCCGAGACUUCUUUCCAAUCCUCUCUUGUUGCCAUCAUAAGCACGAUCCCGCCGAGGACCCUCUCGUCAUGUCGGACCUUGAAGAGGUCACACCCCAAUAUAUCAGCAACGUGGCAGUUGACUAUUGGCGCAAGAAACCGUCCUUGAAAGAGCCAUCCUACAGUGUGAUGGCUCUGUCACCGACCGAAAAUGAGAGAGUCGACCACCAACCGGGGGAGCCUGGAGUGGAAGAUACAUUGUUGCCAAGAAACGUGAACCAGGCUGAUGCCAUGGUAACUUCUGCUGCCGUGAUGGCGAUAAGUCCCGAGCAGGACGAGCCGUUCAGGGAUCUGCAGAUCCUCUUAGGUCUCACACUCAGAAAAGGUAUAAGAAGUAAUCCCCAUGAUUCAGUUAGGUGCGUAGGGAAAGGAAUACUUAACAAGAUUUUACCAGUUUUAAUCCAGAGCAUCGCCGCAUUUCCUGUAAUAUUUCUCGCUGUUAUUUCCUUGUCACACUGGAACAUGAAGCAUACUGAGGGUUACGCAGUCGCUGUGUUUGUGGCAUAUGUGGUAAUAUUUUUUGCCAUUGCUAUCAUGCCAACGGGCGGUGAUCCGCCAUGGUUUUUUGACAGAUUUGCAAGGUGGUGUCAUGUGCAUCUGUAUCACGUUCGAUUGCUGCGCGAAGUCUUUCAAGUCGAUAACGUUGGUCCCAUUCCACCAGCGCUCUUGUCUCUCAGCGACGCUGGGCGCCUGGAGAAAUUCGGUUUGCUGCCUCUGCUGAAAAAGAGGCUCAAAAGAAUCCUCAUCCUUGAUGGAAGCUUCAUCAAGAACGAUGAAGAUUACUCCAAGCACAUUCUGAGAUCACUGGACCAAGCAAGACGAGAAUUGCACUGCGAGUUCGUGGGAUCGGAGGGGCGCGAUGUCAUAGAAGAGAUGAGAAAGAAGUACGUGGAUGUCCCUCGGGGUCAUCAGCCGAGACAUUAUCGAUUUAAGGUUCGGUAUUACAACAAGAAUCCGCGAGGAGGCUACUUGGAAGUCGGCGAAGGCGAGAUAAUGAUCAUUGCUCCGCGUCACCCUGACAACGGAGAAAAGCCUCCGCCAGACAUGGAGACAACUUGGGGCCAGUACACCCGCGACACCGGAAAUGAACUGGACCCGAAAGAAUGGGGUCCAGGCCCCGUUCUGCGGGCCGAGGAUGUUGAUCGGCUUACAUUUUGUUGCUGUGAAUGUUGUCAUUCAAACUCGAAAGUUCUUCGCUGGAUUUCGAAUAAGCUCUGCUUGGGAUUCCCGAGUACCUCUACCGCCAAUCAAUUCUUCACGCCUUCCCUCUUUACAGCCUAUCACCGAGAGGGAUAUCGCGCAUGCGUGCAAUCCGGUGCUGAAGAAUUCCUGACCAAUGGAGCGACCAUUGACCUCGGAAAUAUCGUGUAAUACAAUCCGCUUCUCAAGAUCUUUGAUAAAAAAGUGGUGCAUGCUAUAGACAAUCAUAGAUAAUACCGUGAACUGCCUUUUAUUUAAGCCCCUCCCCCGGUUGUAGGCCCAUCUACCUGUAGACCAAAAACUACAUCCGGUUAAAAGUCCCCCUCCCCCUGGAUAUGAGCCCCGCUCUAGCUUUCCUUGUUUUGAAUUCGUUUUAUUAGGAGGUUUUAAAGCUUAAUUAAAAGCCAGUAAAUCGGAAAAACGUAUUUCGAUCAACAGAGGACCACACAGCUUUAGCUCGUUUCGAAACGGUUUUUUAUGCCGGUUUCAAUACCCCUCGGAUAUAAACCCCUCCGUUUAUAUGCCCAUCUAACACCCCUUACGAAGUUGUAUAAGCCCAGGGCUUAUAAGCGGCAGUUUACUUUAUUUGUACGUUGUGUCAGUAGGCCGGUGACCAAGAAAAGAUCAAGGUAAGUACCCUGGUCUUCUCUUGGUUUAGACAGAACAACUUUGUCGCAUACCACAUUUUUAAAGCGCGCUGCUCGAGUCAGGUGAAAUGGGACACUACUUUUACCUAUGAACGUUGUCUCAGGUUAUUGUGGCAGGGUUUCAAAACAUGUUCCCAAGUAAGUUGUAGUCUUGUUGUGCAGAAAACGAUUCUUGCGAUACUGCUUUAUUACAGUUUUAUUGCUUAAAUCAGAACAGAAAAAUUUACAACAAUUCUGAGAUCAAUCAGGUACUUCUUUCACUAGAGAGUUUCUUUCUCAAUCAGUAAAAUUAACCUGAAUGUCAGGUACGAUAUUAGAACAUUCAUUUGGAAUGCGAUAUUUUGCAGAAUCGGUCAACGUCGGCUUAAGUGCAGAUAUCUCAUUGAGUUGGAGAUCUAUAGGAGACGAAAAAAACUAAAUACACUCUUUUUUUUUUCUAUAAGGAUGUAUUUUAUAAGAAUAUCGAAACUGAA